UUGCAAUUAAAAGUCCAAAGACUAUCAGACCCCAUAGUAAGUAUCCUCGCGGACAAUCGCACCAUGAGAGUGGAAGAGUACGUAGAGGGAGUCCAGGCGUAUUUCCGCCUAGAAAAGGAUGGGAAAAUGGAGAAGGUUCUCCAUUCCCUGACUCUCCUCGUAGAGGAUAGCCUCCCGUUUGAUAUAGUCCUAGGUAUGGACUGGGGAGAGGCAGCAAGGGCCACACUCCACUUGAGAGAGCACGAGUGUAGGCUCCCUAGUCCAUCAGGCGGUGUCACGACUGCCCGUCUGUUCCAUGCCUCGGGAGUAGACAACUCCCUGGCGCAUUGCUGCCUUAGCGCGCCUGCGUUCGCAAGGCUAGUGAAAAAGGAGCAACUAGAGGAACAGGUUUUUGUAGCCUAUGUUAGGCCACUUACUGAGCCUAAGGAAGAGAAGCCUAUAGACCCUGCUAUUGUCAAGCUGCUGGAAGAGUUCACAGACUUAGCGAAGCCGCCGACAGGAGUAGUACCGUGGCCUAUCCAGCACCGCAUUGAGCCUGGCAGUACGACCCCCAAGGGAGCAGUUUAUAGGAUGUCUCCGCGGGAGUUAGAGGAGCUACGCAAUCAACUAGACGAGCUCCUAGAGAAGGGUUGGAUUAGGCCCAGUUCGUCUCCAUUCGGAGCACCUGUUUUGUUUGUCCCCAAGAAGGAGGGAGAGCUUAGGAUGUGCAUAGACUAUAGGGGUUUGAAUGCUAUCACAGUAAAGAAUGUUGAGCCACUGCCUAGGAUCGAUGAUCUUCUGGAUCGAGCGCAGGGGUGCAAAUAUUUUUCGAAGAUAGAUUUGAGGUCUGGAUAUCAUGAGAUAGAGGUUCAUCCUGAUGACCAGUACAAGACAACUUUCCGGACUAGGUACGGGCACUACGAGUUCAUCGUGAUGCCCUUUGGACUAACCAACGCGCCAGCGACUUUUCAGCGAUGCAUGAACAACUUGUUUAGGCCUUGGUUAGAUAGGUUUGUUGUAGUUUACUUGGAUGAUAUCUUAGUGUUUAGUAAGACCCUCCAAGAGCAUCAGGGUCAUCUCAGGCAGGUCUUGGAGAAGCUAAGAGAAGCUAACUUCAAGAUCAAUGCAAAGAAGUGCGAAUGGGCAAAGACCGAAGUUUUGUAUUUGGGCCACGUCUUAGACGGAGACGGCAUCAAGCCAGAGGAUAGUAAGAUUGCAGCGAUCAGGGAUUGGCCUACACCGCGUACAUUGACAGCGUUGCGGUCAUUCUUAGGCCUAGCGAACUAUUAUAGGAAGAUCGUGAGGAACUUCUCCACCAUCGCUGCACACCUUCGCAGAUUGCUAAAGAAAGAAGCGAUCUAGAAGUGGGACAAGGACUGCACGUCUGCCAUGAAGAAGCUUAAACAGGCAUUGAUAGAGUAUCCAGUCCUUAAGGUGGCCGAUCCGUCCUUACCCUUUGUCGUCACUACGGACGCCAGUCAGUACGGCAUAGGUGUUGUUCUGCAACAAGACAAUGACAAUGGUUAUAGGCCCGUAGAGUUCAUGUCUGCUAGGAUGCCUUCAGAGAAGGUUGCGACAUCUACCUAUGAGAGGGAACUCUACGCUCUCAGGCAAGCGCUAGAACACUGGAAGCACUACUUGCUUGGGAGGCACUUCAAAGUCUAUUCCGACCACGAGACGUUAAGAUGGUUAAAGACGCAGGCCAAGAUGACACCUAAGCUUACUAGGUGGGCCGCAGAAAUAAACCAGUAUGAUUUUGAGCUCAAGCCAGUCAAGGGGAAAUAUAAUGUAGUUGCGGACGCUCUGAGUAGGAGAGCUGACUACUUUGGAGCAAUAGUUCACUAUCUGGACAUAGGGAGAGACCUGCAGGAAAGGGUUUAAAGAGGCGUAUGCGCAGGAUCCUAUCUACAGUGACCUCCUCAAGAGAGUAAAGGAGGCCCCAGAGA